AAAAAUGGCUUCAGGGUUAUUUUCUUUCAUUCUCUCUCUGGAACAGCUUCGUUGGCGCUCUCCAGCCAAACCUAUAUAAAAUCUGCAGUCUUCACCAAUCGAUUAAAUCUAGUAACACUGUUCUAAUUUCAAAUUAUUUGAAAAUCAAUCGAUUAAGUAAUGUCUAAAUCAGAGAAAUCAAAACCUAAAGCAUCAUCUUUGUUUCCUAUCAGCGAUCAACCAAUUGAGCAAGAUAUGGACCCUCAUUCAUAUUCUCUCGAGAAAUUCAAGCUCUAUGAAACCAGAGCAAGAUUUUAUUUAAUUGGAAGUGAUAGAAGUAAGAAAUUUUUUAGAGUAUUAAAGAUUGAUCGAUCUGAACCAUCUGAUCUUAGUAUUAGUGAGGAUCCAGUUGUGUAUACACAACAGGAAGUUAAGAAUUUGCUUCAGCGGAUUAUGGAAGGAAAUCGUUCUACUGGUGGACUUACUUUUGUCGCUAAGGUCUUUGGUAUUGCUGGUUGCAUCAAGUUUCUUGAGUCUUAUUAUUUGAUUCUUGUUACCAAGCGUCGACAAAUCGGAUGUAUUUGCGGCCAUGCAAUUUAUGCCAUCGACGAGACCCAAAUUAUCACAGUUCCACAUGUAUCAAUUCAGAGUGACGUAGCACAUUCAAAAACUGAGCAAAGGUACAAAAAGCUCUUAUCUAGUGUUGAUCUGACAAAAGAUUUUUUCUAUAGUUAUACAUACCCUAUUAUGAGAAGCUUACAGAAAAAUGUCUUGGCAAUGGGUGAGGAGAGGAUUCCUUAUGAGAAUAUUUUUGUAUGGAAUGCUUUUCUUACACAAGCCAUACGUUCACGAUGUAAUAAUACUCUUUGGACAAUCGCAUUGGUUCAUGGGCACUUUAAACAGGUCAGGCUGUCAAUCUUUGGACGGGAAUUUGGUGUUACUCUUAUUUCUAGACGUUCUCGGCAUUUUGCAGGCACAAGAUAUUUGAAAAGGGGAGUGAAUGAUCGGGGAAGAGUCGCCAAUGAUGUUGAAACAGAACAAAUAGUCCUUAAUGAAGAAGCUGGGUUAAGCAAGGGAAAAAUGAGUUCUAUAGUGCAGAUGCGGGGUUCAAUUCCACUCUUCUGGUCUCAAGAAGCUUCCAGAUUUAGCCCCAAACCUGACAUCAUAUUGCAGAGAUACGAUCCUACAUAUCAAGCGACCAAGUUACAUUUCGAAGAUCUCGCCAAACGAUAUGGCAAUCCGAUCAUUGUACUCAAUUUGAUUAAGACUGUUGAAAAAAGGCCUCGAGAAAUGAUGCUGCGACGUGAGUUUGCAAGUGCAGUAGGGUAUUUAAAUCAGAUUUUUUCAGAAGAAAACCACCUAAAAUUUAUUCACUGGGACUUCCAUAAAUUUGCAAAGAGCAAGUCAGCCAAUGUUUUGGCGGUUUUAGGGGCAGUUGCGAGCGAAGCUCUUGAUUUGACUGGCUUUUAUUGUAGUGGAAAGCCUAUCAAUGUCAAAAAGAGAGCAAAUUUGCUCAGUCGAACAAGCACAGCGAGGGACACCACUCUUGUAGACCUUAGAGCUAAUUCCGGCGAUUUUGCAAGGAUUGGGAAUGGCAACGAGAUUUUGAAUACUUUCAUAUCUAAAGAGAAAGAACAACAGUCGAGAAAAGAUGCACAUGGUGAUACAGGACCUUGUUUUCAAAGCGGAGUUCUUCGUACUAAUUGUAUUGACUGUCUGGACCGUACAAAUGUAGCCCAGUAUGCAUAUGGUUUAGCAGCUCUAGGGCGGCAACUCCAUGCAAUGAAUUUGACAGAUAAGCCCAAAGUGAAUCCUGAUAGUAGCAUAGCUGCGGCUCUCAUGGAUAUGUAUCAGUGCAUGGGUGAUGCACUUGCUCAGCAAUAUGGAGGCUCUGCAGCUCACAACACUGUUUUUCCAGAGAGGCAAGGAAAGUGGAAAGCCACUACUCAAUCAAGGGAGUUUCUGAAGUCUAUCAAGAGAUACUACAGCAAUGCCUAUACAGAUGGUGAAAAGCAGGAUGCAAUAAAUUUAUUCUUAGGUUACUUUCAACCGCAGGAAGGUAAACCUGCUCUAUGGGAGCUGGAUUCUGAUUACUAUCUUCAUGUUUCUGGGGUUGGAGAUGAACCUGUUCACGAUGUUAGUUCACCUCCUGAUGCUAAACCAAUGGUACGACCAGGGAAUAUGCUUGAACCUACUCCAGCUUGCAGAGAUGACUUCUUGCGGAUGAAAUUGACUUCCUUCGAUAAGUUAAUUGAGAAAACAUGCAGUUCAAUAAAGAAUGUAAGGCUUUGCAGUGAACCGGAUCUAAGAGCAGGUGGUGUUGUAAGUACUUCUGGAAUGGCUCCUGAUGCAGCUGAAAUUCAGCUUAAGAGCCCGAAUUGGCUCUUCGGGCAGAGGAAGUCAGAUGAUCGUGGUUCUGCUGCAAAAGUUGCUACUCCAGAACCCGCAUGUGGAGUGUCUUUAGAUGGAAUGAGUGCCAAUGAUCUCUGUGACUUAGGCUGGAUGUCAUCUGUUGUUGAUGAUUGCGAUGAGGACAUUUUCGAGAGGUACACAAUUAGUGCGGUAGAUAAUGCCAAUGGUUGGUUCGGUGGAUCUUUAUUGGAGGAUGAAAAUGAAGAUAGUGAGAUAUAUAAGCAUUAUGCUGAAUUAUGCCAGGGUCCUGCCACGGAGCUAUUUCGAAAUGACCCUGAAAAAGAAGAACACUAUGCGAAUCUUUUCAGUCUUGGUGGUGUAGAAGGCGUGGAUGAUGAAGUAGUUACAAAAGAGAUGGAAACUGCACUUAAAGAGUAUGACCAGAUUGGUGAUGACCUUGGAAUUUUUUCAACAUGUAAAUCUUUAGCAGAGGAACCAAGCAAGAUAGCAAGAUUGAUGGUGGGGGAAGAAAGUGUGAAAUGAAGGCCGCAUUUAAUCUAAUUGGCUUGAGUAUAUUGUCUUUCUGUUACAUCAAGUGUGUCUGUAUUUUGCUGUUGAAAAUUUGGUUUGAGUCGGAGAAAAAGGAAAAAAGAGCAUUCUUCAGAUUGCUGGCAUUGUAAAUGUACAUAAUUGAAAAGAUAUAGGAGUAUAAAGUUUUUGUACAGAAGAAAAUUAUACUGGCUCCCAAUUGAAAAGAUAUGAAGCCUAAUCUGAAAAUAAGAUGCUUUUCCUGGAACUCAUGUUUUUGUU